AUGGGUAGUAAAAGAGAAUAUCAACUCGAAGACGGAAAGCUAAUUUUGGACCGAGUUCGCAGUUACUUUAAUGUUUCGCUUACGACACCUCCGAAAAGUAUCGUCCUUUCUAAAGAUGACCAAUUAUAUUUAGACAUUGCCGCUUAUUUUAAAGUGCACCUAAAUGAAGUUUCAUGUAACAUAACAAUGAUUUCAAUUUUACAAAAUAGAACUCUUUGGGAAAGGUAUCAACAAUUUAAGAGUUUACAACAAGCUAUAGAAAAAGAAGAAAACGAUGGACUUUUUCAACCAAAUUUUGAGACUGCAUUUAAGGAUACGGUCUUAUUUCAUGGAACACAACCAGAUAACGUCACAUCCAUAUUGGAUCAUGGUCUAGAUGGUCGUUUUUCAAAAGCUCUUGGUAAUUGCGGACCCGCAAUAUAUUUAUCACCAAGUUUUGAUAAAUGUGAUCUAUUCGCUAGUCGUCAUAACUCAAAAAGAGCUUUAGUAGUUUGUGUUACUGCUCUUGGAAAAAUUUAUGACAACACAAAAGAUAAAACUGUGAACCUACAUACUAAGUAUCCUCCUAAAGGAUUUCACAGUGUUAAACAUUACGUUGCCGUGGCUGAUGAAUAUGUAGUAUACGAAAAUUCUCAGGUCCUACCUAUUUUGGCGAUACAUUAUGAAAAAUCUCAGGGUCAACAUUCCAAUCCUUUCAUGAUACAAUUACCAGGAAUGAAAACAACGGGAUUUAAUUCAUUUAAUACAAACAAUCAAAGCACUUCGAAAUGGUCCUUUAACAAUGGAAAUACAUCAUCACAAUUUAAUACCACUGGAGGCAUUAAUUCAUGUGGAAUUAAUUAUACAUCAUUGCCGCCAAUUCAUCUACCUAAUUUCAAUUUACCGCCAAUUCCUGUAAAUUGUAAUCAAACUAUAAAUCAAGUGCAAGUGCAUCAUCCUCAUCCUAUUACAGUCUCAUCUAAUUGGAUGCUUCGUAAGGCACAAAUAAUGAUACAACAAUGGACACAACAAGUUGAUUUAUCAAAAGGAAUUGCAAGCUUUUAUGGUGUGCCGAUGGCUUCUAAGCAAUUCUGGCCAGUAAAAUCACAUGGCGAAUAUCCAUAUCUCGUGAAAUAUUUAGAUUUUGUUUUGAAUAGACUAUCAAAUAUUUCUUCAUCAAAAUUAGACCAGGGGUUUAUUAAUAUGUUAAAAAAACUUAAAAGCUAUGAUGGAAUAGUACAUGCUAAAAGACGACAAGUCGAAAAGCCUAGGUCUAUCAAUUUGUUUCAAUUUACUUCUUUGGCUACACAAGAUCGACUACGGGAAGCCGCGCAAGAAAGCUGUACUAUAUGUGCUGAAUUGAUAAUCAAUUUCAGACAACCUCCCGAUAUUGUAAAAAUGAACAAUUGUCCUCACAUUUUCCACAAAUCUUGUAUAGAAACAUGGUUAUAUAUGCCUUCAUCACAGAUGAUAUGUCCUAAUUGUAAAACUCCUUGUCAUGAUCCUAUGGCACCACCUCCUAUAGGACCUAUGCCGGAUGGAGAAAUGUCAUAUUCUUUUAGUGAAAAAUUUGGUGCUUGGUUCAUAUCUUAUUCAAUUCCUAAUGGAAAACAACUUCCCUGUCACCCAUCCCCAGGAAAACCUUUUAAAGGUACUUCACGGACUGCUAUUUGUCCAAUAUAUCAAAAAUGGGGACCAUUAUUAUUCAUACGUAUGCUCGCAGCCUUUUAUUAUCAUCAUACCUUUACAGUAGGUACCUCUCUCACAACUAAUAUAUCCGAUGUUAUAAUUUGGAAUGGCAUACAUCACAAGACAACGAUUGAUGGUGGAUUUGGAUUUCCUGAUUCAACUUAUGAAGAACGAGUUUCCCUGGAGUUAGAUGGGAAAGGGAUUCUCUUGUUCCUAAGAGAUUUGAAGAAAGAAUGA